AUCGUAUUUAAAUAAAGAGAGAAUACAUAUUCAAAGACGCCUUAGUCGGUUUAGGUUCUGUUGUCAUCUAGAUGCCCUGAAAAUGUCUGAAGGGUCUCAAUCGUCUACAACUCAUACCGUACCGCGUGUACUGCGCAACUUGACCCCAGCAGAGCCUAAGUUUCGCCACCUUUGUCAAAAAUGCCGACAUCUCAUCCGGAGAUCGAAGAUUAUCCAAGACAAUAGGUUGAAGUGGGUCGGUGGAUCGGACGACCAAGAAUCUUUCCAACAUUACGAGACCCUUGACGGCGUUGUUUAUUCGGCUUUUGAAGGGUGCCACUUCUGCUCCAUCCUUCGUAGACGUUGCGUUACGGAAGACACCCGGCGCAGAGAAAGAGAAGGCUUUUCGUAUGAGAUUCUUAUUACGGAAACAACAAAUGGUUGCGAUGUUCGAAUUCGGCAGGGAGAAGUGGAAAGGCUCGUGGCCCGAAUCAUGAGUUUUCAGAGGGAUGACUGGUUGUCUGAGAUCAAUCUGCCAGAUGAGCCGUACGGUACGCUACGAUCAUUUGGAACAGACUCCCUUGAGAGCUUUUCUCGCGCUAAUACCUGGCUCCAAACAUGCAUCAACGAACAUCAGGAUGUGUGUAGCGUCAACACACCCAGUUCCAGCCUUCUGCGGCUAGUCAGAGUGAACGUUGUCGGUACAAGAGUCUCUAUUCAACUCUAUGAGAAUCCAUUCGCAACAAAAGAAGAGCCCUAUUUAGCUCUAAGUCAUUGCUGGGGCGGCAAAGUGCCACUCCAAUUGACAACUAAGACAAGACGGUCAUUUCUGAAAUCUAUUCCAGUGGAAGACUUGCCACAGACUUUCUGGGAUGCGGUGGUCAUUACCGCAAGACUAGGCUAUCAAUUCAUAUGGAUUGACUCCUUAUGCAUCAUUCAGGACUUGGGAACAGAUUGGGAUCAGCAAGUCACAAUCAUGGGCAGUAUCUAUCGGAAUGCGGUCUGUACCAUUGCAGCCCUCAAUGCGGAGGAUAGUAGCAGAGGAUGCUUUACUCGUCGAGACCCUCUGGAAUUCGAUGCUUGCCAAGUCGAUAAUGAAAGCUGUUUAUAUAUCACAACAGACUUCAGACCCGCUGGGCCCGAUACGCAACGUCCGAUUCGCGCACCGUUGCACAGAAGAGCUUGGGUUGUCCAAGAACGCGCGCUCUGCCCUAGAACAUUAUACUAUGGAGCGGAUAUGAUCUUCUGGGAGUGCAAUCAAUCCGUAGCAUCUGAAAACAAUCCUCGUAUGGGGUAUCUCUGGAAUGCUGAAAAAAGCGCUGUCAAGUUAAUACAGGGGAAUCCGUAUGGCGGACCGAAUCCGCAGAAAAGCGGAUUGAAAAGCGUUUUCCAUGACCUGCUUGAUGAAUGUAAGGAUGGGAACUACAGCCGUUGGAGGGCGUCCUGGGCGGCCCUUAUUCACGAGUACACAAGUUGCGAGAUCACAAGGUUUGAAGACCGUUGGCCAGCAGUUUCCGGAUUGGCCACAAAGGUGGAGGAGACAUCUAGGAUGAAAUUGCGCCGAGGACUUUGGCAAGAUUACUUGCGAGAAGAACUUCUAUGGAGUGCAGAUGUGCCUGGAAAUAGACCGCACCAAACCUUAGAAACAGAAGCGGAACUCUAUGCACCAUCAUGGUCAUGGAUCUCUCUCAAAGCAGCCAUCUGGUGGCCUGCUAUUUCUAGAUAUGACCGUGAAACUUCGGAGGUCAUGUGGAUAGCUGAUGUUCUCUCCGCCACGAGUACUGAGAUUGUUCUGCAAGCUCCACUCGUCCGAAUUUCUGAGAUUUUACUUCACGAAUCCACCUGUCCAGAUAAUUGGAUCAGUUCGAAACUCAAAAGUGAUGCACAGCCGAACAUGAGUGGUCUAAAGACGGUACCCGAUGAAGAUACAGGCGAAGAAUUAGAGAUAUGGGCUUUGCAAAUUCUUCGUGUAGCUGAACGUUGGCCCGACUUAGAACGUACGAUUUUCUACGGUAUUUUUGUGCAGAAAAAGCCAGAGAACCUAUCUCUUCUGUCACGAUCACGUUGGUCACGGGUGGGGUAUUUCGAAUUGGGUUGGGAGGGGGAACAUUUCGAGAUACCGGCUCCACGUUGGCUAGGGAAGACGAAGCGGAUCAAGUUAAUCUAACAUAGAUGUAAUACAACCGCGGCUAGCUUAUUGUCUGCGCAAAGUUUGUUGCUUCAGUGUUGGAAUCUAUCUUGUAGGAUGUUGAGCCUCAUCGAGGGGCGCGGGGGCGGAGGAACGCUCUUGCGUAGCACCCUGCCAGUUGAUUCUUCACACAGCCAUUCAUUCGUUCAACCGUGAUUACCUCGGAAGAACUAUUGCAGCACAAGAUCUCGGCUAAUAAGCGCAAGAAAAGAU